CGGUGCGAUGGUCCCGUAGCACGAUCGAAUCGUAUAUCCGGUGAAUCUCGAUUGCUGAUAAGGCGCACCUCCCACUAUCGUCGCGCGAGAUAGCGCACGUGCGUACGUACGGACGUACGGGACGGCGAGGAGCACACGUCGCAUCUCUAUGCACACCAGCGGCUCAAGCCACCGACAAACGGGCUGUGGCUUCUUUUAUCAGUCAAGCACGACCGCGUGAAGCAAGCGGUUCGGUACGCGGUGGUGGUGCGCUUUUCACGGCCGAGUUUCGAGCUUCUUUCGGCGGGAGCCAGACGACCGAUCCGCUGUUCGAUCGACGCGCGCUCGCGACGAUCCUCCACCUUGACCGAACCAGAACCACCCCCGCGACCCGACCAGCCCGCGUCGCCUUUCGCCCGAAGGAUCUACGAGAGAAACACCGAACUCCUUUCGAGAACGUGCUGGAAGUUACGCGCGCCAGAAGUGGCAGGGUCAAUCGAACAUCAACGAACAAUCAACGUUUUACUAGGAAACGUCGACACGCUGGCGCAAAUUCCUCGAUAUAUCGUUACUACAUCAAGGCUGACCGAAAUAGGCAGAUCCGACGUGAAACUAUCACAGGUCGAUCCCGGACUCGGCCAAUUUCGACGAGGAUUCUAUCAGAUCGCCCGCCAGCAACGAAUCCGGUAUGGUCGCUUUUCCGGACGCGUCGACUGAGCCGGCACUGCUGAACGUAACUGAUAUGAAGUUAAACAACCGGCCGGAUCACGAUGGGCAAUUAGCAAACGAGACCGACGCCAUGAAGGUUAAGGAUCACGCGUUCACCAUAUCGCGGUGGGACGGCAAGGACAAUUAUGCGCUCGAUUUCGAUUGCAUGGAGAAGGGCGACGACGACAAGGUGAACGGAUCGUCGGACAUCAAAGCGGAACCGGAAGUCGUGAAGAAGGUGGCAGAUGGCGAUCCGGACUUCCACAAUGACCCGCACGGAUUCGACAACAACACCCACAGCCACGAGAAAUGGUACCAGACCACCAUACAAGUCGCUGUGCCGUUCUUCAUCGCCGGGAUAGGGACCAUCGGGGCCGGACUGGUUCUCGAUGAGGUCAAGGAUUGGAAAGUGUUCCAAACAAUUACUCAGUUGCUCAUUCUGGUGCCCCCUUUGCUGGGAUUGAAAGGGAACCUGGACAUGUGUUUGGCCUCACGGUUGUGCACACAAGCGAAUUUGGGGAACAUGAACAGCGUGCGGGAGAUCAUGAAAAUGAUCAUCGGUAACAUCGCCUUGGUGCAGAUACAGGCGAUCAUCGCUGCCGUUUUAGUGUCGAUUUUCGCUAUUGUAGUCCACGCGAUCGUGCAAGGCAACCAGUACAUUUUCGAGUGGGAACACUGCAUGCUGAUGAUCGCGUCCAGCGUGUCCACUGCCACCAGUUCCUGCUUCAUUCUAGAUUUCGUAAUGAUCGCCGUAAUUAUGGUGUCGUACCGAUGCAAAAUGAACCCGGACAAUUUGGCGACGCCUUUAGCGGCGUCCGUCGGUGACGUCGUAUCCCUGAGCGUGCUGUCCGCCAUCGCGUCGUCGUUGUUCGACAGAAUACGGACGCAACCGUGGAUCCUGUACGUUGUGCUCGGCUGUUACUUGUUAAUACUGCCGUUCUGGAUCUACGUUGUUCUUAAGAACAAAUACACCAGGAAUGUAUUAACGUCAGGAUGGGUUCCAGUUCUAUCCGCUCUAUGCAUCAGUGGGUUCGGCGGUUUGAUUCUCGAUCGCGUCGUUGAGUUCAAUGGAUUCGUGAUCUUCCAACCUAUCAUAAACGGGAUUGGCGGUAAUUUAGUCUCCGUACAAGCGUCUCGAAUCUCAACCACGUUACAUCAGACCUCGAUUAUGGGAAUUUUACCGCCGAGAUCGAAAAUGUGGGUUAGCCCGUGGACGGCGCUCUUUAGAGGCUCUCCGUACGCGAAAACGGCCAGAAUACUCAUAUGCAUGGCGGUGGUCGGCGAACUGAUCUUCAUUUUCAUCGCCGAUUACAUCAAGCACAAAGCGUCCUCGUUACACGUGUACUUUGUGGUCUCGUACCUUACGGUGGCCGUACUUCAGGUAAUGUUACUGCUGUACGUCGCGCACAUC